AUGAAGUUUAUUUGGUCCACCUCUGUCACGUGAGUUAUGGUUGUCGAGUUAACAUUUUUUCUAGUAGAUUCGUUAACCCCAAGCAAUGGUUGGGUAAUAAGAUGACGAGCAGACAAGAUGUAGUGUCUAUAUAUAAAUCUCAAAAAAUACCCAAAAAGGGAUAUGAGGCGAAGCCUAAAUUGAUUGACAAAGUAGGAAAGAGCAUAAGAGAUUUUGCUUACUUAUCCCGCCAUAUUAUGAUUAAAUCAAAAUGCAUCGAGAUGUCAAGAAAUAAAAUAUGCAACAUGGCAAGCUUGGAACCUAUAAUUAAAAAUUCAUUUAAGGAGGCUGAUCAAUUGAAUUUAUUAACUACCAAUCUUUUUAUACAAUUCUUUGCAAAGGAAUUUAGAAAAGUUAUCAAAUUUGAAUGAAAACAUAAAUUCAAUAAUAAAAGCAAUGAAAUGACAUUAUAAUUAUAUAAAAAUAGGUAAGGUAGAGCAGUUCAUUUUUUGGAGUGCUAACAAAUAUGCCAUUUUGUAAUAUCUUAUAUUUUGCUCAAUGAGUUUGUGAAAUCAUGAUUAACAAGCACACUAAUUUAUUACAAAAUAAUUCAUUAACUAUCUUAUGCCAAUCUAAAAUUUUUAACAUUUGCUAAUUAUUAAUAGUGGUUUCUAUUCAUUCUAACUAGGAAAAAAUUUGAUUAUAUGACAACCUUAAAUUGUCUUUUUAUUAUUAAAA